CAUUGUCAGCUAAUUUAAUUUUUGGUUGAACUACACCUUUAAAUAUCUAAUCAAAUACGUUUUGUUUCCUUUCAUCCUCUUAGACUUUCACCCUGUUCUGGUGCUGUGGAAAGAUUCUGGAUCUCUCUGGACAAAUGUUGCAGCAGUUAUCACAGUCUAAUGCGUGUGAUGGGAGAAUGGCUACCCCCUUCCCGUGCCAGCCUGGUUGGUACAGUCCGCACCUCAGUCAAUGGUGUUUUAAACCCUCGAUGUUACUAGAAUGUGCCUUUUAGAGCGAGGGAGGGGGUUUAUGCUCACAGAGCCGUGGUCAUUACAGCAGUACAGCAUCAUCACCUUCUGCGUGCAGCAUCUCAGACAGACUAGAGCUCUGAAGACCGGCGCAAAGUCUUUUUUAAGUAGGCCAAAUAAGAUUCAAAACUGAGACCAUGACACAGGGCAAGGUUUCAGUGACAAACAAGUCAAACAAUGGUUCGGAUGUUCAGCCGAUGGCCUCAGCUCCUCCAAGUUAUGAGGAGGCAACUGCUAGUGGAAGCCCUUGUUAUAGUGGCUCUUAUCCUGGAGAUAGCGAGAUGCUCACAGAAUUCAGCUGGGACGACCAAAACAUCAGGAGGAUAUUCAUCCGCAAGGUGUACACCAUCCUCAUGCUCCAGCUAUCUGUCACAUUAGCCUUUGUAGCUGUUUUCAUUUUCUGUGAACCUGUGAAAUAUUACGUACAGUCCAACCCUGGCUUGUACUGGGCUUCAUAUGUAGUGUUUUUUGUCACAUAUCUGACCCUAUCCUGUUGCCGUGGACCCCGGAGGCAGUUCCCAUGGAAUCUGAUUCUGCUCAUUAUUUUUACUCUGUCUCUUUCGUACAUGACAGGAAUGCUGUCCAGCUACUACAACACUAAAUCUGUCAUCAUCUGCCUGGGUAUUACUGUCUUGGUGUGCCUUGUCAUUACCAUCUUUAGUUUCCAAACCAAGAUUGAUAUUACUUCAUACCAAGGUGUGCUGCUAGUUUUCUGCACAGUAUUGUUUAUUUGUGGACUUGUCCUGGCGGUUAUCCUUCCCUUCGGAUAUGUUCCAUGGUUGCAUGCUGUCUAUGCUGCCUUGGGAGCAAUACUGUUUUGCAUGUUCCUGGCGUUUGACACACAGAUGCUGAUGGGGAAAAAGCAAUACACCAUAAGUCCUGAGGAACACAUCUUUGCCACCCUCAGCCUAUACCUGGACAUUGUUUACAUCUUCUCUUUCUUCCUCCAGUUGUUUGGCACUCCAGAGCGGGAGUGAAUGUGCUGUUAACCUGAAGUCUUCCGUCUGUCUCUCUGAACUGAGUGACCGUGUCCUUCCAGCAUGAUGUGGAUCUUCGGUGCAUGCUGUCGUGUUUAAGCUCACCUUAGCUUUUUACGAUGUGCCAUGCGUUUGUCCUGUAGCGUGAAGGAGGUCUCGCAUAUACAUUGCUUUUGUACACCGGUAAAACUUUAACAGCAUUCAGCUAGUUUUACGAAUGGUGCCAUAGAAAACAAAACAGAAAAUAUUAAAUGCACUGGUGUCAACUGUGAAAGCUACACGAUGUCAUUAGCAGUAAAAGUGCAUGAAAUAUUAGAGCAUUAGAUUGAAGUGGAUAUCUCCAUCGUUGUCCGCCGGAUUCCUCUUUGUGUCUGAAAAAGUUUCAUAUGUGAUAUUGCAGCAUGAGGACAGUUUAACAAGUUAUUCUGAGAUACUAGAUAUUGUGAUGAAUAUUUUCAUAACUUAGUGUUAAGUUUUUUGAAUCGCUGGCUGGGUUUUAGGAGUGCACAUAAGAAUCAAAGUGACAUUUACAUUUCUGUAUGAAUUGCAAAUUAGAUUUAAAUAAUCAGUGCUUUCAUUUGAAUUAACUUAAUAUUUUAUAGGAAUUUUCUACUUUGAUUUUCGCUGCCAUCGUAAGGUCAGCUUGAUUGAGAUAUGCUUUGUGAGCAUUAUUUAUUUAUUUUCAGCAUAACUUAUUUAUACAUUAUUUAUUAAUGUAUGCCAUAGCACAGAUCUAUUUUUUGAAGAAAAUGAGUCGUGAAUGAUUUUGGAUGUGUACACAAAUUUGCAAUGUUCACAAAAAAAGUGCAAAAUCACUGUGGCUGGAUUUAAACAGAAUGCUACAUAUGACCAUUGUUUCCUGUGUGUGGCCUUUACAGUAGUAGUAUCUACAGACAAUGUGUGACCAAUAAAUGAUAUUUAUUGAAA